AAAGCAGUCUCCCACACGUGCUCUGUAGUCCCACGCAGGUGACCACCUCAUUAUACCACAACACAAUACACACAUGGUAAAUUUUGCCUACUACUAGUCUUAUUCCCUACCUUUCUGUGGUGCAUAUGAAAAAAAGUUACAGAGAGAAAAUCAAGAAAUAGAAAGAUGGAGAAAGAAAGACUGAUAUUAAAGCAUUCAAAUUUUCUUGUUCUUGAUACCCAAAAAAAAAAAAAAUCUUGGUCUUCGUGUUAUUAUCGUUCCUGGAGUAUAGUAUUUUCUUUGUGUUUUUGCACUCUUCUCUCUCUCUUAUUCUUCUCCUCUCUAUCAAAUCUACCUUUGCUGUUGAGUUUUGAAUCUUUGAUCUUUCUCUCUCUUUUUCUAUCAAAUAAUUUUCCUUGCACAUAUGAGAAUCAGGAAAAGAAAGACACCUUUUCCUCUUUCAGCUCUCCCGCCAGUUACUAUUUCAGAUCCCUAUUUCUUCCAAGAAGAUGGUAAAGUUUCCAACUUUCACCCAAUCAACGGUCAAGAUUGGUAUCUUACAGCUUCGAAACAAGAAAAUAAGACGAUUAUGAUGGAAGAAGGAGAGGAUAAGAAAAGGGGGAGAAUUAGAAGGAGAGAUGGGGGAGAAGAAAUGAUAGCUGGAUAUUGGUGCAGUGAGGGAGAGAAAGCAUUUCCCUUGAAAAAACGAAGAGAGAGCUCCUCCGGUAGAAAAUUGCACGAAGAAAACAUAACAAUGGAUAAGAAAAUGAAGACGAAGGUGAACAAGAAAUGCAUACAAGAAAAUGAAAAUAAUGAAGAAGAAGAAGGAGGUAUUGAUAGAUGUGGUGCAAAAAAAGAGAGUUACAGAGGUAGAGGUACUGCAGCUAUGGAAGUUCAUUUAGGCAAAGGAAGGCUUAGAAGUGUGACUAGCGUACGAAACCGGUCCAUGGCCAAUAAGGGUGAUGAAUCUCUGCAACAAUUAUCAUUUUCACUAGCAGAAGAAAAAACAAUGAAGAAAAGAAAAUAUCAGUAGAUCGAUGAUAUUAAUAAUACUCUUCUUGGAGCUUUACAUGGAGAUGAAGAAGAGAAGAAGCCAUGGACGAUGGUAAAGAGAAAGAAGAAGCUUGAGAUGGUGAAGGCUAGAUCGAUAAAUAGCUUUUUGAGCCCAGCAGAUAAUAAUAACAAUAAUAAUAAAUGCAAUUCAAGAUUCAGAGGAUGAGGAAUAGUACAGGCAAAUUAUGUCGCAAGUAAGCAUGUAUUAAGCAUUAUAGUGGAACUAUUAAUGCGACUAGUUCCUUUCUGUUUUGAAAUUUUUAAUGAAGAGCACAACAUGCUUGCAGUGUUGUGUUUCUUUCUCAAUUACCUAGAGUAAUUGUUUGUGCGAAAUUUAUUUCUUGUCUA